AUGGCACCCAAAAAGAAGUCGAAUAAACAAGCAGACGACUGGGAAGCAGAGCUAGGCGAAUCCAUAGCUCCUGUCAAUCAGAACGAGAACGAGAAAGAGCCUGCUGCUGAGCCUGCUCCUCAGGACGAAGACGACGAUCUGGGUGGGGGGCUGCUCGCAGCUCUGAGGAAGAACAAGAAUAAAAAGGCAAAGAAAGGGAAGGCUGCCAACAAUGAUUUUGUAGAGGGAGAAGAUCUCGCUGCCACUAUAGCGAGCAAAGAGCCAGAAGAGGGUACCUUUGACGAAGAUGAUGUCUUUGCUGGAAAGCCAAAGCCGGCGAAGGGGGCUGCAAAGAAAGAGGCAGAGAAACCGGCGGAGCCUGAAGAAGGAGGAAAACUAAAGUCGAAGAAGGAGAAGGAAAGGGAGAAGAAGGAGAGAGAGAAGCAGAGGAAAAAGGAACAGGCCGCAAAGAAGAAAGCUACUGCACCAGCUGCAGCUGCAGAGCCUAUCCCUAAACCCGAGGCCGCUAAAUCUACUCCCGCCGCAGCUAAACCCGCUCCUACACCGGCUGCUGAACCUGCUGGAAAGAAGAAGAAGAUCCCUGCCCAUUUGGCCGCAAUCCAGAAACAGCAAGAGGCAUUGCGCAAACAACAGGAGGAGGAAGCACGACGUUUGGAACUCGAGAAAACGUUGGCAGAGGAAGAGCGCAAAAGGCUAGAAGAAGAGGAACGAAGGAAAGAAGAGAUUCGUCAGAGGAAGAAGGAGAAAGAGCGGGAGAAAAAAGAACAACUUAGACGCGAAGGAAAGCUCUUGACCAAAGCUCAGAAAGAGGCAAAGGACCGUAAUGAGUUGCGAAUGAAACAGUUGCUGGAAGCAGGUGGUGCUGUAGUUGCUGGACUGGAAGAAAAACCCGCAGAAAAGAAGAAGCCAGUAUAUGACAACAAGAAGAAGCGUGGGGUCAAGAAACAGGAAGAAGACCUGGAAGCUGCUGCGGCCAGAGCCAAGGCACAGCACGAAGCUGAGGAGGCCGAGAGAAAGCGACUGGAGGAGGAGAAGAAAGCCAAGGAGGCAGCUGAGGCAGCUAAACAGGCAGAGGAAAGUGACGAUGGCAUAAAGGACUCCUGGGAUGCUCCCUCUGACGAAGAAGAUGAGGCCAGACCUGAGCCUGAGAAGGAGGUUGCAAAGGCUGAGAAGGAAGCGGAGGCUACCCCUGAAGAGUCUGAAUCAGAGGAAGAAUCGGAGGAAGAAUCUGAUGAGGAGGAUAUAACUUCUACCCAGAAAGCGCUUGCACAGAGGAAAGCCGAAGCGGCAGAGCGAAGAAGAAAGCAGCACGAAGAGGCUGUGGCAGCACAGUCGAAGGAUAACCUCCGAUCCCCUAUUUGCUGUAUUCUUGGACACGUCGAUACUGGAAAGACCAAACUUUUGGACAAGAUCAGACAGACAAACGUACAGGAAGGUGAAGCUGGAGGUAUCACCCAGCAAAUUGGAGCAACUUACUUCCCGGUCGAUGCCCUCAUCCAGAAGACUGCAGUUGUUAACAAAGAUGGUAAAUUUGACUUCAAGGUCCCUGGUCUGCUUAUCAUCGAUACUCCCGGGCACGAAUCUUUCUCCAACUUACGUUCAAGAGGAUCCUCGCUUUGCAAUAUUGCCAUUUUGGUUGUCGACAUUAUGCACGGUUUGGAACCCCAGACUCUCGAAUCCAUGAGGCUUCUCCGUGACAGAAAGACCCCCUUCAUUGUUGCUCUAAACAAGAUAGACAGAUUGUUCGGCUGGAAGAAGAUUGACAACAACGGCUUCCAGGACAGUUUAGCCAAACAAAGCAAGACUGUUCAAAGUGAAUUCAAGGACAGAGUCAGCAAAACGAAGCUCGCAUUUGCAGAGCAAGGAUUCAACUCUGAGUUAUACUACGAGAACAAGUCUAUGGCUCGUAACGUUUCUCUGGUUCCUACCUCGGCCCAUACUGGAGAGGGUGUGCCUGACAUGCUCAAGCUGCUUGUCACUCUUACUCAGGAGCGUAUGACGAACGCACUGAUGUACCUUUCAGAAGUAGAGUGUACUGUGCUCGAGGUUAAAGUCAUCGAGGGUCUCGGUACUACUAUAGACGUCGUUUUAUCCAACGGUGUACUUCGCGAAGGAGAUCGUAUUGUUCUUUGCGGCCUUAACGGCGCAAUUGUUACAAACAUUCGUGCUCUCCUGACUCCAGCCCCAAUGAAGGAACUACGACUAAAAUCCGCCUACGUUCACAACAAGGAAGUUAAAGCCGCACUUGGUGUCAAAAUUGCAGCAAAUGACCUCGAACACGCCAUUGCUGGUUCCCGACUUCUUGUCGUCAACCAUGAUGAUGACGAAGAGGAUCUUACCGAUGAAGUCAUGUCUGAUCUAGAAAACCUUCUCAGCAAGGUCUCCAGGGACAACCGUGGUGUUGCUGUUCAGGCUUCUACUCUGGGUUCGCUUGAAGCUUUGCUAGAGUUCUUGAGGACGUCCAAGAUUCCUGUCGCUAACAUCUCCAUUGGUCCUGUUUACAAACGUGAUGUGAUGCGUGCUGGUGCUAUGCUUGAAAAAGCCAAGCAAUAUGCUGUCAUGCUCUGCUUCGAUGUCAAAGUCGAUAAGGAAGCGCAAGCUUAUGCAGAUGAAAACGGUAUUAAGAUUUUCACCGCUGAUAUCAUUUACCAUCUGUUCGAUGACUUUACGAAGCAUAUGGAAGAGCUAGCUGCUCAGAGGAAAGAAGAGAGCAAGCUACAAGCUGUUUUCCCCUGCGUCUUGUCCCCAGUCGCUGUGUUCAACAAGAAGGAUCCAAUUGUUAUUGGUGUUGAUGUGACUGAAGGCUCCCUACGCCUUCUAACACCAAUCGCAGCCGUCAAAACCAACCCGACCACUGGGCAGAAAGAAAUCAUCAACCUUGGUAGAGUAAUGUCCAUCGAGCGUGAUCACAAGCAGCUCCCUAUCUGCAAAAAGGGACAGCCUUCAGUUGCCAUCAAGAUUGAAGGCCCCAACCAGCCACUGUACGGCCGUCAGCUGGAAGAAAAGGAUAUCCUUUACUCGUUGAUUUCAAGAAAGAGUAUCGACACGCUCAAGGAAUUCUACCGAUCAGAUGUAACGAUGGAAGAAUGGGGCCUUAUUAAAAAGUUGAAGCCAGUGUUUGAUAUCCCCUGA